AUGUUACUGUUACUUUUUAAUAUUAGUGUUGGUUUUACAAUAUGUGAACCUCAAGUUACAAUUCAGCAAGGAACACUUUUAGGAAAAGAAUUGAUCAGUGAGAAAGGAAAUGUUUUUCAUAGUUAUUCAGGAAUUCCUUAUGCAAAACCUCCUCUUGGGGAACUAAGAUUUAAGCCUCCACAACCUGCAGAACCAUGGUUAGGUGUGCGAAAUGCAACCCAAGAAGGAGAUGCUUGUAGAUCACUUCAUUUUAUUACAAAUGUUAAGAUAGGUGCUGAAGAUUGUCUUUUUCUCAACGUCUAUAUCCCAAAAACGUCUGAAAAACCUCUUCCUGUAAUGGUAUGGAUACAUGGAGGAGGAUUCUAUCAAGGAUCAGGCGACAGCGAUUUGUAUGGACCAGAUUAUUUGGUUGAUUAUGGAGUUAUUUUGGUAACAAUUAAUUACCGAUUAAGUGUACUAGGAUUUUUGAAUUUGGAAAUAGAGGAAGCACCUGGGAAUGUCGGGUUGAUGGAUCAGGUCCAAGCCUUAAAAUGGAUCAAAGAAAAUAUCGCUGCAUUUGGUGGUGAUCCCGACAAUGUAACUAUUUUUGGAUCCUCAGCUGGUGGUGCAAGUGUGCAUUAUUUAGUUUUAUCAGAUCUUGCCCAAGGACUUUUUCACAAAGCUAUUUCUCAAAGUGGAGUUGCUUUUAACCCUUGGGCACUUCAACAUAAAGACACUAAAAGGAAUGCCUUUGAGCUCUGCAGACUUUUGGGACAUCCCACAGAAAAUGAACAAGAAGCUGUACAAAUACUACGUAAUGCCUCCAUUGAUGAUCUUAUAGACAACAGAGUAAAACCAGAUGACAAAGGUCAACUGUUUCUUGAUCAUCCAUUUUUACCAUCAAUAGAAAAACGUUUUGCAAGUUUUGAACCAUUCUUGGAUGAAACGCCGGAAUCAAAAAUGAAAUCAGGAAAUUUUAAUAAAGUUCCUUUUAUGUUAGGCUAUAACAGUGCUGAAGGAAUUUUAGGUUUGAUGGAUUUUAAAAAUGAUUCAAGUAUAUUUGGAAAACUAGAAGCUGAUUUUGAAAGAUUUGUACCAGUUGAUUUGACCCUGACUUUGAGAUCUGAACGUUCAACAAAAUUGGCUAAAGAUAUGAGGAAGUUUUACUACAACGAUGAACCUGUUUCUUCAAACAAUACAGAACAUUUUGUUAGUUUACUUGAUCCACAUUUACCAGGAGCUGCUCAUGGCGAUGAACUUGGUUAUUUAUUCAAAACAAUUUUUACUGAUUUUCCAAAAGAUUUACCAAGUGCUGUUGUAAAUCGGGAAAGACUUUUGCAACUUUGGACUAAUUUUGCCAAAACAGGAAAUCCAACUCCAGAAAUCAAUGAUGUACUACCAGUGAAAUGGGAACCAGCUUUAGCAGAAAAGCAGGAUUAUUUUGAUAUUGGCAACGAAUUAAAAAUGAUCUCAGAUCCUGAUGAAAAUCGUUUGCAAUUUUGGGAAGAAUUUUUAUAA